CCACCCUGUCGACCGAUUAUCACCUGUCAUUUACUCAAAUGUCAUCUGCUCUGUUGUCUACGUGUAUUUAGAAAAUGAUAAAAUUUUGUGCAUUCAGGUGAUUUAUGGGGAUGAAUGUUAAGAUAAUAUAAUAAUUAUCGAUCUAGAUCAAAAUAUAACAACAGCUCUUAUUGAAAAUGCACAUAACACACACAAUAUUAUUUUUCUCUUUCAUUAUUGGGGCGUAUACUGACGAACACAACCACAUACUUCCGGAAUAAAUGUCACGAGGUAUUAACAACAACUAUACGUUUCUUGUAUAGUAUGAAGACAAUGAAGAAGUAGUGCUAUGGAUGAACACUGUAGGACCAUAUCAUAAUAGGCAAGAGACCUACAACUAUUUUUCACUACCAUUCUGUACCGGCUCAAAAGAAACUAUCAGCCACUACCAUGAAACCCUCAGUGAUGCUCUUCAGGGAGUUGAAUUGGAGUUUAGUGGCAUUGAAAUUGAAUUCAAAGUUGAUGUCAAGAAAACUGAAUACUGUGCAGUGGUAUUAGAAGAAAAAAAAUACAAAGCAUUUGUAUAUGCUGUGAAAAACCAUUACUGGUAUCAAAUGUACAUUGAUGACCUACCAAUUUGGGGCGUGGUAGGAGAAGUUAGAGACAACAAUUAUUACAUCUGGACCCACAAGAAGUUUGAGAUUGGCUACAAUGGCAAACAAAUCAUUGACGUCAAUCUUACUUCAGAGGAUAAGGUUUUGUUAGAACCUACAGCUAGACUGGGCUUUACAUAUGAAGUAAUCUGGAAGAAGACUGAUACUAAGUUUGAAGAUAGAUUUGAUAAGUAUUUGGAUCACAAUUUCUUCCAACACAGGAUCCAUUGGUUCAGUAUCUUCAACAGCUUCAUGAUGGUUAUAUUUUUGGUUGGACUUGUCUCAAUGAUUCUCAUGAGGACUCUAAGAAAGGAUUAUGCUAGAUAUAGUAAAGAUGAAGAUAUAGAUGAUAUGGAAAGAGAUUUAGGUGAUGAGUAUGGAUGGAAACAAGUGCAUGGAGAUGUUUUCAGGCCUGCAUCACACUCUUUAAUAUUUUCAGCUUUGAUUGGUGCUGGACACCAGCUCACAACUGUUGUGUUCUGUGUGAUUGUAUUUGCUAUUUUAGGAGAACUAUAUACAGAGAGAGGUUCGAUGCUUUCAACCGCAAUCUUUGUUUAUGCUGUGACGUCACCAAUAAACGGAUAUUUUGGCGGGUCUUUGUACGCUCGAAUGGGAGGAAAGUUAUGGAUACGUCAGAUGCUCGUAUCGGCCUUCAUGCUGCCGGCAUUCGUUUGCGGAACAGCUUUCUUCAUUAAUUUCAUCGCUAUUUACUACCACGCAUCCAGGGCUAUUCCUUUUGGUACCAUGGUUGCUGUAACGUGCAUUUGUCUGUUUGUUAUUCUCCCAUUGACAUUGGUUGGGACAGUCUUAGGACGAAAUUUGGCGGGUCAACCAGAUUAUCCGUGCCGUAUAAACGCCGUGCCGAGACCUAUUCCAGAGAAGAAAUGGUUCAUGGAACCCGGCGUUAUCAUCCUACUCGGAGGAAUUUUGCCAUUUGCUAGUAUCUUCAUAGAGAUGUAUUUUAUAUUUACAUCGUUCUGGGCCUACAAAAUCUACUACGUCUACGGUUUCAUGCUACUGGUAUUCAUCAUUUUGAUGAUCGUUACCGUGUGCGUGACGAUCGUCUGCACUUACUUCCUUUUGAACGCGGAAGAUUAUCGCUGGCAAUGGACCUCAUUUUUGGCAGCUGCUUCAACUGCUGGCUACGUUUACAUCUACGCGAUCUACUAUUUCUUCUUCAAGACAAAGAUGUAUGGUUUAUUCCAAACUGCUUUCUACUUUGGAUACAUGGCUCUUUUCAGCGGUGCUCUAGGAAUUAUGUGCGGAACAGUCGGAUACAUAGGCACCAGCAUCUUCGUGAGAAAGAUUUACUCUACAGUUAAGAUCGACUAAACUGUACGGAACGUCAUAUUUCACAGUCAGAUCCGUUCAAAGCCGAAUAUUUAUUGAUAAAAAUAUUUGCAACUCUGCGAAUAUAGCAAGUAUUAGAAAUUUUGUCCUUAUAAUGAUUGUCAGACAUUUAUGAAAACUUAGAUUUUCCAUAUAAAGUAAAGAUUAUAACGUUUGCAAAAGGAACAUUUCUGAUUCAUUGAUUUUAUGUUUCGCUCAUUGACAGUCGUGAAAAAAUUAGCCUGAUGGAUACCUCUACAUGCAUUGCUAUUAGUUUUUUUUUUGCUCCUGCUUGAAACCAGUAUCUGGAUUGCGUUUAAUACAAACGAAACACAGGUAGGUUUUAUUUGAAAUUGAACGAAUUUCUCAUAAAGAUGAGAUAAGCUUAUACAUUUUGAUAGCAUUGGCGGGCAAAUUAUAAUGAUCUCAUCUUCAGAGAAUAUUGGUAGAACUAUGACAAUUGCAAAUUGUUCAAAUGGAUGUUGAUAUUUUUUUCAUAUUUGAAUUGAAAUGCUGUAUAUAGCUAUUAGUCCUUUUUAUCUAAUUUUUAUCUGGGCAUUUAACCCAAUAUGUAUCUGCAUUCAAAAAAAGCCUUCAAAUUCAUAGAACGGAUCGAUCAAUCAAAAUUAAGGGUAGCAAAAGAAGCCUAAUCUAUCAGUAGUAUGAAAUUGAACUUCUGCCAGUGACGUGCUGAAGUAUGAGUGACUUUGAGAAAAAAAUACGGUGAUUCUAUAAGUCAACGUUAUAUCGAUUUUUUCCCAACAAUUUAGACGAUGCAUUGCACUAAACAUUGAUUCGAGAUUGAGAACGGGUAAUAUCACACUUCUGAUUAGACAGUCAUAUAUUUAUGAUCGGAUAAACAAGGGAAAAUAUUUUGACUAAAAUGCAUAUUGUCAAAGCAUUGAUAUUGUUGAUGUAAUUAUUUUAAUCUUAUGAGCAGUGACAUAACUAUAUGCAUUUUUAAGGUCAGAAGCAUUUUAUGACACUGCUUACAAGACCAACGUUUUAGUGUACCCCUAUUUCUGACGAUCAAUUUAUUGGGUUCCAACAAAAUAAUUACGCUACCCGUAGGUUUUCUCCGUAUCCUCUUUUGGCGCAGGGAAUUCAUUUAUGAUUUUUGUACAAAUUGUCGCAGUGAUGACUCUGUACUUUUUGUUGAUUUUUUUGUGAUUAGAAAAGGUGUCUUCAAAUGUAUCUGUUAAUAUUAAUUUAUACCUGCUUUGUAAGCAAUUUUAAUCAAGUGGCAUAUUUUGAGAAAAUUAAUCCCAAUUUAUUUAUUUUUAGACACCUUAUGUUUAUAUUUUUUGUACUGUUGUGUGUACAUAUUUAGUGUUAGUGGUAAAUCAUAAGUUGACAUCAUAAAAUACUUAUAACAAUCACAUUGGAUGUGUUUGUUGCAAGUUCAUAUAUUUUGUUUUAGUAUUAGUUAUGGAUUAUUAAUUUAAUAAAAAUGUAUUUACUGUA